CCUAUAUUUUUGGGCUUUGGGCCCACUCUCUCUCACUGACCCGUAUACCAAAGCCCUUUUGAUUUCCUUAAGUAAAUCUUAGGGUUUUUCUCUCUCUCUCUCUCUACCUCUUUCUUUCUCUCUCUACGUUUGUUCAUAGUCAGUAGCCAUGCCUCAGGGAGAUUAUAUAGAGCUGCAUACGAAGAGGUAUGGCCGUCGCCAUGAUCACUUCGAGCGUAAACGUAAGAAGGAAGCUCGUGAAGUUCACAAGCGAUCUCAAAUUGCUCAAAAGACAUUGGGUAUCAAGGGUAAGAUGCUUGCUAAGAAGCGGUAUGCUGAAAAGGCUCAGAUGAAGAAAACAUUGGCUAUGCAUGAAGAGUCAUCAGCCCGACGUAAGGUUGAUGAUGAUGUGCAUGAAGGUGCUGUCCCCGCAUAUCUGAUGGAUCGUGAAACUACCACAAGAGCCAAGAUUCUCAGCAACACAAUAAAGCAAAAGAGAAAAGAGAAAGCUGGAAAAUGGGAGGUGCCUCUGCCUAAGGUUAGGCCUGUGGCCGAGGAUGAGAUGUUCAGAGUGAUAAGAUCUGGCAAAAGGAAGACCAAGCAGUGGAAGAGAAUGGUUACAAAAGCCACCUUCGUUGGACAAGGGUUUACCAGGAAACCUCCAAAGUAUGAACGGUUCAUCCGCCCUUCUGGCUUACGUUUCACUAAAGCCCACGUGACGCACCCUGAACUUAAAUGUACGUUCAAUCUUGAGAUCAUUGGGGUGAAGAAAAAUCCUAAUGGUCCAAUGUAUACGUCACUAGGUGUUAUGACUAAAGGAACCAUCAUUGAGGUUAAUGUCAGUGAACUUGGUCUUGUCACUCCUGCUGGAAAAGUUGUUUGGGGGAAAUAUGCUCAAGUGACGAAUAAUCCUGAAAAUGACGGUUGUAUCAAUGCAGUUCUCCUCGUGUAGUUUUCUUAAGCUGUACCCUUCUUUGUUUAAAUCGAGUGCAUAACCAUAUGUAUCUCAUCGGUGCUGGUUGUAGAACAGGAGAGUAGAAAUGAAUACUGCAACUGUACCAUUAGCCAUUUAGCUUGGUACUUUAGCUGCGAUUUAGGUUUUUGUGGAUUUUAUGCUUUUCGCUUCCAUGUUUAUUGAAUUUCUUAAGGCCGAAUGUGGCAUGUAAGUUUGUUUACAAGGAAAAUCAAAGCCUCAUCUUGUUAUUAUUCA